AAAAGAGUGUGUUUCAAGAACAUUUUGUUGUAAAUUCAUAAUAAAGUGCACCCAAAGCUAAAAGCAAAUACAUUAAAUCAAUUUUCGACGCAAAUACUUGUUGGCGAAGAUGCCCGAAACGGAGAAAAAAAGCAUUGGCAAUCGUGGCAGGCCGAGAAAGUCGGUUGCCGCAUUGCGCAAAAUUGCCCGCGAAUCCAAUGCUGAUAACGAAAUCUUGGAGAGCCGUACCAGAGCGCAGCCAAUUGGCGAUAAGCAGAGCGUCGGUGUGAAAAAGAACGUGCAGGACCAGGAUGAGGAUGAGGCCGUUGGUAAAUUGAUGGAGCAUGUGCUGGAUGAUAAUGACAAAAAUUAUAACGAGGGGGAGGUGGACGACGACGAGGAGGAGGAGCCGGACAGCAAUGAGGCAAGCGAACCCGAGGAGCAAGUGGAACCGCCUGCCUUCAGUCUGGCCACGCUCGGAUUACAGCGAGUGGGCAGCGCCCCGCCACCAAAACCCAAGAGCCAAAAGCCUCAAAUGCUAUUACUAAACGCUCGUGGUAUGCCCGCCCGUAUACGCAAACGUAAUCCCCUGUUCUACGACGAGAACAUCAUUAAUGAUGACAAGCCACUGCGCGUGAGCCUUACGUCCAAGAAGCCAAUGACGCGCGGCUAUAACGACAGUCCCGGCAAGAUGCAAACGACACUCUCGAAGGUGAUAAAGAAGCGCAAGGGUGUCGUCUCUCGCUAUAUGCGCUCCAAUGAUGGCAACGGUGCGUCCACCUCCCAAUCCACUAGUGGUGUAGAUUUGGAGCUGUCCUCCGGCAAGACGAAAAAACUGCCACCCAUGUCCGCAUCGGCAUCCAAGGCUCAACAGCAGCAGCAGCAGGCUCAACUGCGAGCGGCGGGCCGUGGCACCAUGAGUGGCACUAAGAGGAAUACUGCUGGCGCUGCCGCUGCCGCUGCCGAGGAUGUGGCCAGAAAGGCCGAGGCAAAUGCGGUGGCCAACAAACGAUUGGGCCUCUCGAUUGGACAGCGUUUGCGCAAUCUUCUGAAGCUACCCAAAGCACACAAGUGGGCCAUUGCCGAGUGGUUCUACUCGUACAUUGAUAAGCCGCUCUUCGACUGCAAAUAUGAGUUCAUGAAUCAUGUCAGUAAGCUGGCGCCGCGUCUGGCCACCCGCAACUUGAAUCGCCACGAAUGGGCGGUCAUUAGGCGACGCAUGGGUCGGCCCAGACGCUGUUCGGCCGCCUUCUUUGACGAGGAGCGACGUGAGCUGGAGCGCAAGCGUCAGUUGAUGCGCACGCUGCAGUCACGUAAGCCUGGUGAAUUUAAGGAUUCACUGCUGCUCUCGGAUAUGCCCGAUAAGAUACCGAUGCCGCUGCCCUUGGGCACCAAGGUGACGGCACGAUUGCGUAAGCCGCAGGACGCCAUCUUUGCGGGCACCGUCGCCGCCUACGAUUCAAUGAAUUCCGAAUAUCGUGUGACCUUUGAGCGUCCCGGCCUAAGCACACAGUCCAUACCGGACUAUGAGAUUGUGUCGGAGAAUUUUCAUGAGAUGCUGCCACUACAUAGCUUCACCAAAGACUAUCGUCCAAAUUUGAUAACCAUCUAUCAGACGAGUAAUAGUGGCUAUACAACAAACCUGGGUUUUACCACCAAUUUGUCGAGCGGCUUCCUGGGCAAACGCUAUCCACUGGCCGCCACUGCUGCUGGCAAUCUGAAUAGUAAUCAAUCAAUGAUAACGCCACAGAAGCAUCUGGCUAACAACAAUGCGGCCGCCCGCAAUGCGCUCAGCAUGAAGCUAAACAAGAGUGAUCCGCUGCUGGGACAGGAUGCCAUCGGUGAGAGUCCAAUACGUCAACAGCUGGUGCGUCAUCUUGGCUAUUCGACGAAGUUGCUCGAGCAUCUGGUGUUACUGCAAAAAUAUAUUGCAUUGAAGGAGUCACGAAUUGAGCGAUUGGCCGAAAUGAAUAGCUCGGCCGAGCUGACCGCUGCCGGAGGGGGGACCAAUGAACACAAUCGACGACAGGUGCGGGAUAAUUUUCAACGACGCUAUGCCUCCAACAUUAUAUGGAUCGAGCGGAUCAAUAUGGAGCUCAUGUAUUUGCUGACCAAGGUGCAGGAACUAUCGGGUAGUCUCACCCGUAAUCCCAAUAUACAGGCCAUGAUAUCGCCGACGCUGUUGCGCGAAGAGUGUCGCGCCAGGGCCAGCCGGACGGUCGAUAAGAUGAACAAUGGCCUUAUCAAAAGCGAGAGCAUGGUGAAUCUACUGAAGAAUCUAACCACGUUGCUGAUUGUCACACAGAAUCUGGACAGCGAUUGGGAGGCGAACGAAGUGAAUAAAGUGCUCGAAGGUUGCAUGGAGGAGGUGCGCAGCAAUCUUAUCUGUGCCGAAAAUGUUGAAGUCUUUCAGAAGUGCGUGCAACUGCCCAUCGAGCAGAUUGCCGUUGUCAUCAAUCGGAAUAUGAAGGAGCGCACCCUUAACAGCAGCCAGGACAAGUCCGCCUCGCAACCAAAGACACCCAAGUCCGAUGCGGCUGAAACUGCCAGCAUAAAAUCAACAACAAUCACAGCCAAAUCAUUGGACAAGUAUAAAAAACAACAAAAGAAAACCAACAAUGCAAAAGAGAAAUCCAAAUUGCUUGUUGAGUCCGAUGUGGAGCCCAUGGAUGUGGACAGUGAACCGGAUGACGAUGCCAAAACCGAACAACAAAAAAAGCACACUGACGACGAUGAUGAAGAUGUUGAUGCAGAUGCCGAAGCCGAAGCGGAAGCCGAUGCUGAUGCCGAUGCCGAGGAUUCAGAUGCUCGGGAAAAACACGAAGAUGAAGCAAUAGUUGGUAAAGUAUAUGCCAAUACCGAGGACACACAAAUCACCAUCGAAUCGAUGAAGGAGUCGGAUGAUGAAAGUCAGUCGCAUGAUGAAAAAGAUUAUGAUAAGCCCGAGGGCGAUAUGAUUGAAGUGAUGGCUGCCGUCGACGAAUCCGACUCUCAGGAGGAGAUCAUGUAAGAAAAGUAACGAGUGGCGAGUGGCGAGUAGCGAUUAGCAAGUAUCAAAUAUAUAUAUGCUCGUAUAUAUAUAUAUAUAUGGGGAGGAAAUUGUUUUAUUUCUAUUAUUCUUAUUUUUUUUUGUCAGUGAAUCUAUAAGAAACGAUCGUCGUUUAUAUAUUAAUAUUAAUUCUACCAAUUAAAAAAAAGUAAUGCCCUGCACCCAUUAAAAAUGGCUCAACAAGGUUAUCAUAAAGUUGUACAAUUGUAUUUAAUAAGGCAAAAGAAAUCAUCUUCGACCCAUAGAAGGUCAAACAUCCGUCAAGUGAUGUAUUUACUAUUAUUGAUCAAUUUGAAGUAGAUCAUUUUUCCAUAUAAUGCAAUAAAUUUCUGGUCCGGCGUAAUUUUACAAAAGUGACUUUAUUCUUGACAAGCAUCAAACCGUUUUCGCGGUCCGUCUGUAUUAUCACAAGGAUCUUAGAUCUUAUCAAUUGUUUUUAUAUUCGUUUGAUUGAAAUAAAUAUAUAUAUAGUUGAAUUAACAACAACCAUGUACAAAUUAGUGAAAUGACAGACUUGGGUACAGGGUAUCUGCUAGUUGAGCUAUUUCGACUAGAUGACUCUUGUUUAAACUAGUUCUUAUGUAGUGUCACUAAACAGACAAUAGGCGUCAAAUCGCCAAAAAGGGCAUCAGGCAUCAUCUGAGUCUCUGGGCGCAAUUGCGUAUUGUCUGCUUAGUGGUAGUGUUCAUUUAGAAUGCAAAUUCUCGAGUGUUUCGCAAUAAAAUGUUGUACAAA